AUGGCUGAACCCGCUGAAGUCGAUUUCGCGCCGCGCCUCGUCAAGCAGACCGUUGAAGGCGCCUUCCACCACACGAUCACCUGCGACCUCGAGCUCAACCUGAUGGACCCCGACCUGGACGAGCGCUUCGACUUGGACGACGUUCCUCUGGCGGGGGAUUGGGCGCUGGAAGUUGAGAGACGGGACAACCUUAUCUGCCUUCGAGCCGUUCAUGGCAGCCGAUGGGGUGCGCGCGUUCACACGAACGUGAAGCUUUAUUACACGGCGGGAGGGCAGCAUACGCUGCUGAAGGAGUCGAGAUGGCAUCUAAUGCCCCGGCCAGAUCGAGCAGAAGCUGGGAGGGUCUUCGUCAAUUUUGUGUCCAAGAUCCCUCUCGACCUCCUGAUGAGCUCCGGUACCGCGAAUGCGCAUGGCUAUGACCCCAACACGCAUCGAAACUACCGCUGUGUCAUCUACUUCGAUGCGCGAGGUGGCCGACCCUUGCCGGAAGCGCAGACGUUGAUCCAGCGACUGCCUGCCGUUGAGCUUUCGCCGGCACCCGCGAAUGUGCGCAUCUUCUUUCCGACGUGCGAAGCCGAACUCUGGGCGGAUUCCGGCUUCCUCAAUCGCUCCUCGCCUUACUUCAAAACUCUUCUCUCAUCCGACUUUGCGGAGGCUGUCACCAUGCCGUCGAAGCGACCCAGAACCCGUGACGACUCGACAGCCGCCACUACAUUAGUCGAUGCCGACGCGAAGGACUUUGACGACUCUGACAACGAGACGGACAAGCUUUACUUCGAGAAGCACCCGGCUUUGCAGCACAAGCGCGACGAGCUGCAGCACCCGUUCAAGGAGAUCAAGAUCACCGCGACUGCCUUUACGACCUAUCGAGCCGUUCUCGCCUUCCUCCGAACUGGCUUCAUCGCUUUCGCGCCACUGUCUUCCACGCUCCCCGAAUCCGACGCGCCCGGCAUCUCGACUCGUCGCACGCGCAUCGAAGACGCUGUCUCAGCGAACCCGUCUCUUCCCUACCCCGUCUCGCCCAAAUCGACUUACCGCCUCGCCCAUCUCCUCGAGCUCAAGGAGCUCCAGCAGCUCUCCCUCGCCAACCUCUCCGAGCAGCUCACGCCCGACUCUGCGCCAAAGGAGCUCUUCUCCGACACGACCGUCUGCUACGACGCUUGGCGAAACGUCAUCCUCGAUUACAUCGUCAAGAACUGCGAUGCGGUGACGAAGUCAGCCGCAUGGACUGAAGCGACGAGUCGUGUUGAGCGCGACGAAGUGCCAGGAGCGGCGCCGAUCAUGCUGGAUCUGUUCAAGCGCAAGGUUAUCAAGACGGCCUAG